AUGCUUCUGGCGCGGAUGAACUCGCAGGUGCAGCCCGAGAACAGCGGCGCGGACCCGGGGCCCGCGCAGCCCCUGCGGGCGCGCAAAGCUGCGGAGCUGUUGGUGGUGAAAGAGCGCAACGGAGUCCAGUGCCUCCUGGCGUCCCGCAGCGGCGACGAGCAGCCCCGGGAGACCUGGGGCAAGAAAAUCGACUUCCUGCUGUCGGUGGUAGGCUUCGCGGUAGACCUGGCCAACGUGUGGCGCUUCCCCUACCUCUGCUACAAGAACGGCGGCGGUGCCUUCCUGAUCCCAUAUACUCUGUUCCUCAUCAUUGCUGGGAUGCCCUUGUUCUACAUGGAGCUGGCUCUGGGCCAGUACAACCGGGAAGGGGCAGCCACGGUGUGGAAGAUCUGUCCAUUCUUCAAAGGAGUUGGCUAUGCCGUGAUCCUCAUCGCCCUCUAUGUCGGCUUCUACUACAACGUCAUCAUCGCCUGGUCACUGUACUACCUCUUCUCCUCCUUCACCUUCAACCUGCCCUGGACCGACUGUGGCCACGCCUGGAACAGCCCCAACUGCACUGACCCCAAGCUCCUCAACGGCUCCGUGCUGGGCAACCACACCAAGUACUCCAAGUACAAGUUCACGCCGGCAGCAGAGUUUUACGAGCGUGGUGUCCUGCACCUUCACGAGAGCAGUGGGAUCCAUGACAUCGGCCUGCCCCAGUGGCAGCUCCUGCUCUGUCUGAUUGUUGUCGUCGUCGUCCUGUUUUUUAGCCUCUGGAAAGGAGUGAAGACAUCAGGAAAGGUCGUGUGGAUCACGGCCACACUGCCUUACUUCGUGCUGUUUGUGCUCCUGGUUCACGGUGUCACGCUGCCCGGCGCCUCCAACGGCAUCAACGCCUAUCUGCACAUCGACUUCUACCGCCUGAAAGAGGCCACGGUAUGGAUUGAUGCCGCAACUCAGAUAUUUUUUUCCUUGGGGGCUGGAUUUGGAGUCUUGAUUGCAUUUGCCAGUUACAACAAGUUUGACAACAACUGCUACAGGGACGCCCUGCUCACCAGCACCAUCAACUGUGUCACCAGCUUCAUCUCUGGAUUUGCCAUCUUCUCCAUCCUCGGCUACAUGGCCCAUGAACACAAGGUCAACAUCGAGGAUGUUGCCACUGAAGGAGCUGGCCUGGUCUUCAUCCUGUACCCAGAAGCCAUUUCCACCCUGUCGGGAUCCACAUUCUGGGCCAUCGUGUUCUUCAUCAUGCUCCUGGCUCUGGGAAUUGACAGCUCCAUGGGAGGCAUGGAGGCGGUCAUCACGGGCCUGGCUGACGACUUCCAGGUCCUGAAGCGACACCGGAAACUCUUCACAUUUGGUGUCUCCUUUGGAACCUUCCUUCUGGCUCUGUUUUGCAUAACCAAGGGUGGAAUAUACGUGCUGACCCUGCUGGACACGUUUGCGGCGGGGACCUCCAUUCUGUUUGCUGUUCUCAUGGAAGCCAUCGGAGUCUCCUGGUUUUAUGGUGUCGACAGGUUCAGCAAUGACAUCCAGCAGAUGAUGGGGUUCAAGCCAGGCCUGUACUGGAGACUGUGCUGGAAGUUUGUCAGCCCUGCCUUCCUCUUGUUUGUGGUGGUGGUGAGCAUCAUCAACUUCAAGCCGCUCACCUAUGAUGACUACGUCUUCCCCCUCUGGGCCAACUGGGUUGGGUGGGGCAUCGCGCUCUCAUCCAUGGCCCUGGUACCUGCCUACAUCAUCUACAAGUUCAUCAGGACUCGGGGCUCCCUUCAGGAGAGACUGGCCUAUGGCAUCACGCCAGAGAACGAGCAUCACCUGGUGGCCCAGAGGGAUGUGAGGCAGUUCCAGUUGCAACACUGGCUGGCCAUCUGAACCUGGCCCCGAGGAGGAACCCCGCCACGCCAACGUCCAGGUCGAGGGCCCCGGAUGCUCUUGGGAUUCCUCUCCUGGAAGACGUUCUUUCCGACCCCUCUUCCUCCUUUCCCAGUUACAAAUGAUUCAGUAAUCUGGUUUUCAUUUACCUUCUGUUCAUCUGGCCUAGGUGUGCGCUUGGACUGUUAGGCCUCAAGGGAGAAGAGGAGGGGAGGAAACAGGAAAAACGAUUUCUGUUGAACCUCUUUUGUUCUGGGGAAGUCUCACCCAAUCUGGGAGCUGUCAAAGCUGAACUUUAUGGCUCCUGCAGAAUUCCCCACCAUGUUUGCUUAUAUUUUGGGCCAAAGAAGAAAUCCUCUGCCUACCAAAUCAGAAAGAGGAUGUUAGUUUUGGUCAAACACACAAAGAAAAUUCCUGGCUGAGUUUGGGGGGCUACAUAGAUCUUCCCUUUUUUGUCCACCCCAGUAAGCGCUCCGCUGUCUGAACCUCAGUCCAGGAGCUUGGGUUUGUCUCUAAAAUGAAGUCUGUGGAUAAGUGGUUUGGGGGAUCGUGAGCAGAUAACUUCAUAGUUUUCACUCUGGCUAACCUGAGUGUGAUUUGUGUUCUGGAACCUUCUUCCAGCUUCUGGUGGUCAGAUGGUCCAGAGCCAUGGGUGUCACAGAGAAGAAUGUAGAUGAGCUGCAGUGAGUGGGUUCUACAGAAGUACCAGACAAGCCUGUAGAGACCACACGUGGGUCACCCUUUCAGGCUCAUGGAGCCCAGAAACCCAUCUGUGGCUCCUGGAGCCUUCCUGGGAGACAGGGGGCAGGAACCCAGCAAGGCGAGAUGUAUGUCUUCACUGCGGGUGUCUCUGCUGUCUUCACGGGGCCAGAUGGUGCCCACGGGCAGUCUGAGAGGCUGUCAUGUUUAUUUAUUGCUCACGGACACCUGCAAAGCCUUUCCCUGGAAACCCCACCCAGUGCGGACCAGGGGUCCUGAGUGAUGGGGAGUUGGCCCUGAAAAUGCCCUUUAUCUUUCUUCAUGGGCUCGACGUGGCAUCUUGGAGGAGAGGGUGGAACCAAGCACACAGCAACCCGGUCACUCAUGUUAAGGGGGAAAUAUUCUUAGUUGGUGGAACAGGUUGGUGGUUGCAGACAAUUUCCAGGUUGACCUCUGACACCAGCUCCUGAGUGGUGCCCUCUGGUGGUGUUAGUUAGUUUCAGCUUAUUCAGAGAAACAAUUCAUAGUUUGGUAAACCGGCGGCAUCUAAUUGAGGAUUCAGUUUAUGGUUUGAGUCACUUUCAUCCUCCUUGGAAAUCUAGACUCAUGGGUUCCUAUUCUGACUGUGGGAGCCCCUCUUGCAGAAUCUUGGGACAACAAAAAUAAGAGGCCACUCCACUUCACACUGGGAGUGUAAGGAGACACACGUCCAGAAGGUGCUUGUAUAAUACUAGAGUCACUGAGCCCAGUCGAUCAACCAUGCAGUCUGUGGAAGAGGGUUAGUCGGGGCCAGCUGAGGGCCAGGAGGUAGUUUUCUCUCUUGAGGCUCUGAGUGGGUCAUGGUCCUGCUGAAUCAGGGUCCUGGGGUCAUUCUUUAGAGAAAAGAGGGGAAAUCAGGAGACCUUUGAUCUUUCCAUAUAAAAAGGCAAGCUCAAAGUCUGGACAGCCCAAGUGGCAGGUGGGGCCUGGGAGCAUCCAAGAGAAUGGUGGGGUCUGGGAGAUGAGGGCAGGGCGACCGCCCCUGAUGGAAUCUGUCCCUCUAAGUGACUUCAAAUCUCCCGUGAAGUUUCAUUCCUCCCCAGGGGUUAGAAUUGCUUUUAGAAGCACGUCCGCCCCCGUCUCCUCCCAUCCGCCCAGCGAGGACUGCAGGGCUGGCUUCUGUUUCCCCAUUUCCCAGUAAGAAAAGCAAGGCCCAGCAUUUCGGUCACUGAUGCUCAAGGUUUCUCGGCUUCUAAGGGGUCGAGUUGGACCCUCGAGUCAGAUCCCCUGCCUCUCAGCCCAGAGCACUUGUAACUUCCCUACACGAUAUGGUUCACCUCACCCAAGGCUCUCAUUAAAAUAAACCUAAAUCCAGUCAAAUGCCAAGGAGUAUUUCUUAGCAAAAGAACAACGUGUUGGAAGAAGGGGAGAGGCUGUCAUUUAUUCUCCCCUAGCUGCUUCCCAGAGAGGAAAUUAUUUAGCUGCUCUCUUUUGAUGAAAAGAAUCACUCUGAGGAACAGUGGGAUGUGAAAUGCGGGCUCUACUUGACUGAAAUGAGAGCACGUGGCCAGGAAAGCCUGUGUGUAUCGGGGAGGUGCCCUGUGCGGAGAGAGCCUGCACUUUCUCUUUGCCAUCUGCACAUGGCCCUGCUGCCCCCGGACUUUUGUCCCAAGGGUGAACCAGAGACGCGGUGCUAGCUGAACCAACACCAGACCAACGCAAUGGUGCUGCCUUGCGGAAGUUGGCUCCUGAGCCUGGGGUGGGGGACUGGCUUCAAGCCCCGGGCCCCUGGGGGGAGGGGGACCCAGGAAGCUCUUGGAAGUUCUCGUGCUGGCUGACCUUCAGGUUUCACCUUCCACCCACACUUAAUGCAGUGUGUGCUUUAUCAUAAAGGAUGUUUGACUUCUUUUUUGUGGCUUUUCUUUGAUCGUAGAGGUUACCUGGGAAAAGCGUGCUCCUGUGUACUAUAUAUGACACUUUUACUAUUUUACCAGAUUUUUAAAGAGCUAUUAUUUUCCACGGAAUGUAAAAUACCUGUUUAAGACCACCAUGUUAACAUCUACUCAAUGUCUGGUUACUUAUCGUCCACCUGUUAGUUGUUUUUCAUUCUAGAUGCAAAUGAGACAAAAGAGAAGGGAAACGGACAACUCUUGCCAACUGUCCUGCUGAUUAGAAGUUCCCAAAGCUGCCUUCUUAGAGGGGCUUCCUGCCCACAUGGGAGCCAGUCUCUUCCCGUGUGGUCGAUUUGCAGCCCUGGUAACAUGAGACUGAAGCAUUCUUACCAAAGAAGUCAUUUCUUAGUAAGGAAGCCCGCCAAGCUUAUUCCAUUUGUUUAUUUCCCUUGAAAGCCAUGGAAGGGAGAAGAACAGAGAGGGAGUGUGGUGCAGUGGAAACAGCACAGCAUUUGGAGUUGCGCAGACCUGGGUCUGCUGCUGACUAGCUGGGUAUCCUGAGGAGAGUGGCUUCACCUCCAUGGACUUCAGAAUUCUUUGUAAAAGCAAGGGUUGGAUCAACUAAUCAAAGGUCCCCUCCAGUUAAAAAAUCUCUUGUCUCCAUUACAACGUUCUUGUGCUAAAUUUACAGUGAAGGAAGCACAUCGCUUACUGUAGGACUUUCCAGAAUGACCCGGUGACCAAUAACCUAUUGAGCAGAGAAAUGUCAGAUUUUUGGCUUUCAGAAAUUUCAUUUUUGUGGACUUUCCGUAAUUACUCUUUCUCCAGUAUUUCUUCAACUGAUGCCAGAAACACUUGGGAUUUAAAAAAAAAAAUCCAACCUUCUGUUCCAAGAUUUUGAGGGUAACACGUCACUCCCUGUAAGCCCCAGGUUGCUCAGCUCUGUGGACAUCCAGCACAGCCAUGGCUGCAGUCGCAGGCAUCUCUGAAACACUGGAGAAUGGGAAGUUGCUUCCGGGGUGCGCGCCCUCAUCCCUCGGUCUCUCCACCUCAGUGUAAAUAAGUGCUGUUUCAGUGGUGCCCUCUCUGUGUCACGGACUGUUCCAAUGUCAUGCAGAUUUCCAUGUCUGGUGUGGAUUUAUUUAAAAAGCUGUUCUCUUCAUGGAAAAACAAGUGUACAGAACAAUAAAGAAC